AUCGCUCAUCUCUAUCAGCUUUGAGCAAAAUUAUCUUGUAUUGGUCAAACAGACGAGCGAACGAAGGCCUUUUUGUUGUCGAUUCUCGCAAUGAUUUAGGUCUUCACCCAAGUGUUUUAAGCUAAGCGUAGAGUUUCACUCAUCCGAUCGCUGGACAUGGAUAUCCUGGACAUCGAUGAGGCACUAAAGGAUGAUUCAUAUAUAUUUCUGGCGGAUAAGACCCACGACGAUGUCUCCAACAUAUUGCAGCAGUGGAAGACGAACAAUCAGCCGCCGUUGCAGUUGCACUUGCAGUACAACAACGAGGCCUUUAAACACAACUCGAAAACGUUUACCCGCCCCAAGCGUCGGAAUCUGGAUUUCAGCCAAAAUGGAGCAGGAAAUGAUAGCGGAGUUGGAACCGGAUCGGUUUCGGGUACCCCGGGAAUGCUUCAGCUGGAAAUCGGCGGCCUGGUCACCACGAAUAUGCACAAAUCCUUCCUGCAAGACACAUCGCCACCGUCUUCCAUAUGCUCCUCCAUGAACACGGAACGGAUGAACAACUCAUUGAUCACGUCGGCAGACUUUACAAACCUAAACUUCCUGCAAUCCACAAUCGGCCUGGAGCAGGAGCCUAGCCUGACCACCACACUUACCGACCAGACGACAGACAACAUGGGAAUGGGCGGCUACACGCUUAGUGACAUGAUCCGGGAUCGCAAGGCGCUGGAGUCGUUGACCUUGUGCGAGGAAGAUGGCACCCUAAUUAAGGACUCGCACAUCGGUCAGAUCGACGAAAUAUCCUUGACGCUGAGCAAAACCGCCUCCGGCUGCAGCACCAUGGACAACAGCACAGACAGCAUGUCCAUUCCGUUGGCCGCGGAUCGAACAAUGCCCGCUGCGAUGCCCGCACUUUGUCCUGCCCUGCAGCGUACCAUGAUCCUGGGAGAGGAGAUGAUUGGCGAUACCACCUUUAACCUGGUGGAUAGCCUUACCACUUCCGUCCUGCAGUCCGAGUCUGAGUCCCUGCCAGUGGAUGGAAAUGCGACCUUCAAAAGGCCCAAUGCGGGUGCUGCUCAGGCUGACGAGACGCAGGUGCUGACAGGACGGCAGAUGAAUGCCACAUUUACCGAAGGUUGCAAUACUCCCGAGGGCCGCUGCGAAACGCCCGAGAAUAUCGACCGAAAGCUGGCCCUGCUCACCAUGGAAUCCUCCACUCCGCUGACCACGAACAUACGCUCCCACUGCUACCACAACAACAACAAUAAUAAUAAUAACAAGACGGGAUAUACGCCUACCCUGAAAGGCCGUGGAGACAUGAACCUGUCCCCGAUUGUUGGCGCUACGCCGCAAAAGCCAAUGGGUGCAGCUCCAGGACGACUCAACAACACCUUCGAGCCCGCGGCCAAGACAGCUCCAUUCAAUGGCGAGAAGUUCGUGCUGGACACCAUGGAGCUCUUGGAGCAGAUCGAACAGCCGCUGGAUGGCACCUACAGCCUGCAAAUGUCCGAGCAGCACAAGCAGAUGCAGUGCGUCAUGGACCUGGCCGAGGCGGAGGUUGAGAUGUUGGCCCAGCAGGGCGACGAGGAGCAAUUCGAGCAUAUGCUCUCCGAGUUGGGCAAGGUCAACACGCUGAACGAGGAGCAAUUGAAGAUGCAAAAGUCGUUGGACACCAUCAAGCGGCGCUUCCACAGGGAUGAGCCGGAGUCAGAGGAACGGGAAGAGGAGCAGCCACAGUCGGCGGCCCCGAAGGUGGAUAACCCGGUUCUAAAUCAGAGCCACUCCAGCAGCAACAGCAGCGGUGGCGGUAGUGGUGGCGAACGGCUGCUCAGUCGACGAAGUCGCCUCUACGACGAUGUCAACCUGAGUGCCAUGCACGGCAGCAAUGCCAGCUCGGCCAGCGGCAGCUCUGCCUCAUUCAUCGUCCAGCGGAGGGAUAUGCCACACAUGGAGCAGCCAGUACCCGAACCCGAUCCCGAGCCGGCGGAGGAGCCUCCGAAGAGCCAGGCGGCUGCAGAGACUGACCCGUCCAGCUACAAGCUGCCGGAGCGAAGGGAGCGGGAUCGCGAUCGCUUCAAGACAAUUAAGAUUUCAAAGGAGAUGCGACUGCAGCAAGAGAUUAUUGUGCCUUGUAUAGACGAUGAACCACAGCAGCAGCUCGAGGAGCAGGAACAGGAGUUCGUGGAAGAGGUGCAGCCCGAGGAGGAGCAGCGGCGGCAGGGAUCUCCACCAGGUCGUCUUUCCCGUCGAGAUCAGAACAGCGUAUUGAACCAAGCAGAGGGUAGUGCAAGUAACUAUUUGACCUACAAGAAGCCCAAGGAAAAGAGCCUGCUCCAACGACGACCGCUGCAGCAGGAAGCCCCACCACCGGCAGAACCAGCGCCUGCGUCGACUCUUCCCCAGCCGCGCUCCCUCUCCCGGCCGCGUUACAUCAGUGGUCUGCAGAAGUUUACCACGGUGAGCAAGGCCACAUCCGCAGGAGCGGGAUUAAACUCCACGCCCGCCGCUACCAUGCCAACCACUGUCACAGUGCCGGCCACUGGUAGCGGUGAGUUGAAGAGUCCCAUGGGCAUUAAGUCCAAGUCGUUCCACAAUUUGUCCUCCACGAUGAGCGGCAUUGGUGCUGGAGCCCUGCCAAGACCCAGUUUGGGAGGCGGACUACGUCGACCGGGUGCGCAGCCCAGCAAGCUGAUGGGCGGAAUGCGCGGGACAACGCAGAACCAAGAGGAUGACUCUGCUGUGUUUAAAGUGCCCAAAUUAGUAAGCGGACUGCGAGCUCCUGGUCUUGCUGGUGCGAAACGGGCAGGCGCAAAUGGACUGGCACGCCCAUCGUCUGGAUAUUACAGUCUGAGUGUUAAAACAGCUCCAGAGGCGGAAACUCCUGAGAGCCUCUCCUCGGCAUCUUCGCGUGGCAGUCUCUAUGGCCACAAGGACUCUAGCAGACCGUUAAACGGCGGAAAUGUUCCUCAGCAGAAUCACCAGAACACUUUCGACAUACAGGCGCUCUCCUCCAAGCUUACCCAGGUGACCACGGGAGCCACUGGCAUACCGAAGCCGUCGGGUUUGCGGCCACCCUCGCAAAUGAAGCGCAGCGGUCUGCCAAGACCAUCUAGCAUUGUGAGGCGCUGAGGGCGGAUCACUUUUCCCGUCGCCGAUUGUACGCCUAUGUCACAUCCCCCGCCUGAACCGAAUUUCCAUGUUAUCCGUAAAAUAGUCUAUCAUUUUUGUACUUUGUGUUUAGCUCUCUUUAUGUGUUUAUCAUGCCUGCCUUCAAGCUUCACUUGCCUAGUGAUUUCGAGGCACUAGCGACUAUGUUUAUGAAUUAAUAUUACGACAAAUUAUGCAUUUAGUUGAACGAUACAGAAACGAAAACAGAGAACUUGGCGACUUGUAAAACAAUUAGGCACUCCUAAGAACCCCAUACAUUUAUAUAUAGAACAAAUACAUAAACACGAACUUUGCCUUACGAAUCAUAAUAAUACAAAUGAUUGAGGGAAAAAGGAAGAGGAGACUUAAGCGAGAAAUGAUAAUAACUGUAUAUUUUUGUAAAAGCUAUGCAAAAAUUCUACGAACGUUAUAUUUGUGGACGCACCGAGUGAUGCGGAAAAUCAAGCAAGCAAAUCGAAUACAUAAUACUGAUUAAAAAAAUAUACAAUAAGAUCUGCUCAGUGGCCACGAAACCACAAAAAAGAACGAAAGAAACCAAACUAAAAUUGAUAGUAACUGAUAAGAGUAUUGAGAAACGUGUUAAAAAUCGAACUUACAAUAUUAUAUAAUAUUAUCGCAUAUACAUACAAAUACAAAAAAAAAAUAAACGAUAGCAAUAUUCAUUGUCUCAUCAGAUACUUAGACCAGAAGGUUUAUGACCUGUUUAUAUUUUGCUAAUACUAGCUCCAAAUCGAAAAUUAUCAUACUCGUAAUUUCUUGAGGUGCAGAGUAUAUUACUAUUUCCAUUGUAUCCUAAAGAAACGUCAAAAUUUCGGCUCUACUUAUGUGCUAUAUAUGAACAUAAUAUAUACAGUUUUGUAAACCAUCGGAAGACAUACAUUUUUUUUCAUUUUUAUGUUGCCAAAUUGAAAAGUGAAACUAAUUUUUUGUUAGUUACCAACGAACAUUUUCUUAAUAAAACUAUGCCGCAUUGUGCGAAAAGUAUAAUCCUAAAAAUCUUCAAUCUAAAGAAGCUUUUGUCCAUCACGUAUGCAUAUCCUAAGUUAAGUUUAGUCGGCAUUGUUUAACCCUAGAGUAGAAUUAGUUUAAUCUGUAAAGGCCCUUUUGCAGGGUCAAGUAUUGUUUCACCCUCAUCAACUGACUAAUAUUCACAAACUAACCCCAACCAAGCCUCUACUUUGUAUCCUAGCGCUAACCUGUUAAGCUUUAACCCGAUUAGGCGAUGAUUUGCAUGAAUCGAAUUUAGUUAGCCACUAAGACUAGAAUGGAUUAUUAUUUUUGCUAACGCUUUCAUAUGAGCCUUAUAACGUGUGGUUUUCCCAGUAUCAAGUUAAGAAUGAAACCGUUCCAGCAAGUCUCUUUUUUGACCAAGCGAGACUUUCAAAUAAAACCCAAGAGAUUUGUGCUAAAACAUGA